UUGCAGGUCGCCUCUCGUCAUCCACAUCUCAAACUUUUCUACGCAGUUGGUGGCUGGGAAAAUUCGCAAUAUUUUUCGAUUCUCACCGCUGAUCAUGCUAGAAGGUACUGCUGAACUAUUUGGUUUCAAAAAGUAAAAAAAAAAAAAAAAAAUUUAAUUCCAGGUCAGUUUUGAUUUCAAAUCUUGUCGGAGUUAUCGAAGAAUACGGUUUUGAUGGAAUUGAUAUUGAUUGGGAAUAUCCAGUGACUGGUGGAGCUGUUGAAGGAACACAGGUGAGCAUUUUUUGGCACGGGAAAAAUUUAGCAAAAAUUUUAAAGAAUUUUGAAACAGUAGAAUUUUAAAAUAUAAUUUUUUUCUGUAAUUUUUACGUCAAACUUCAUUUUUCAAAAAAAAUUUAUAAUUUUCCAAAAUAAUUCGAAAAAAAUUUAAAUUUAAAUUUAGCUCAGUUUUUGAAACAGUAGAACUUUUAAAAUUAAAAAAAAACAAUUUAUUGAAAAAAAUUAGCUUAGAAGAAUAAGUUGUUAUUAAACAAAAAUCAGGCUAAAGUAUUGAUUUUUCAUGAAAAUUUUGAAACAGCGGAUUUUUUUGGACAUGAAUUUUCAUUCACUUUUUAUCUUUAGCAACAAAAUUUUGAUAAACCUUUGAAACAGUAGAAAUUUUGUGUGCCAAAAUUUCACUGUUUCAGAAAUUUUAUGAAUUUUUUCGGUUUGAAAAUAUUUUUGAUAAAUUUAUUGCAGCACAUCCAGAGAAAAAAAUUGAAAAAAAACUGAAUUUGAAUAUUUUUUCACUGUUUCAAAAAUUCACAUGAAUUUUUCUGUGUUAGGAAAUUUUUGAUUGACAGCUCUCUUUUUGUUUUUCGAAAAAUGCAAAAAAAUUUUUCAAAAACUUCACUGUUUCAAAAAUUUUUGUCACCAUAGAUACUUCAAAUAAUCAUUGGAAUAAAUUGAACAAAAAUUUUAAAGAAUUUUUUGAAACAGUAGAAUUUUUUAGUAUAAUUUUUUCUGUAAUUCUUACGUCAAACUUCAUUUUUGAAAAAAAAUUAUAAUUUUCCAGUAGAAUUCAAAAAAAGUUUAAAUUUAAAUUUAGAUCAGUUUUUGAAACAGUAGAACUUUUUAAAUACAAAAAAAAAUAUUGAAAAAAAUUAACUUAGAAGAAUAAGUUGUUAUUAAACAAAAAUCAGGCUAAAAAAUUAAUUUUUCAUAAAAAUUUUGAAACAGUGGAUUUUUUGGGCAAGUAUUUUCAUUCACUUUUCAGCGUUAGCAACAAAAUUUCAAAAAAAUAACAAAAUGUUGAUAACCUAGAAAUUUUGUGUGCCAAAAUUUCACUGUUUCAGAAAUGUUAUGAAUUUUUCGGUUUGAAAACAUCCAGAGAAAAAAAUUGAAAAAAAAUUGAAUUUGAAUAUUUUUUCACUGUUUCAAAAUUCACAUGAAUUUUUCUGUGUUAAGAAAUUUUUUCAAAAAUUCUUCCAACCCAAAUUUCUCCCAGGCCGACCGUCGAAACUAUGUUUCCCUAAUGCGCGAACUUCGCUCCGAACUCAAUGAAUUAUCCGACAAAACUUCAAAAUCCUAUCUAAUUUCAUUUGCUGGAGCAGCUGGACAUUGGGUCUUGAAACCAGGUUAUGAUUUGGUGCAAUUAAUGAAAUAUUGUGAUUUUGUGAAUGUGAUGAGUUAUGAUUAUUUUGGAGCUUGGGCUUCGAAAUGGGGAGCUUAUACUGGUCCGCCAGCUCCACUUCAUUUUGCAAUGCCCAAAAAGUUAGUUUUUCUGAAAUUUUUUUUGAAAAAAAAUCUACUGUUUCAAAAAAUUAUUAUAAAAAUUUUUGAAACAGGAAAAUUUGAUUUUCUUUUCACUGAUAGUUAUUUCAAAAAAAUUAAAAAUUUCCAUUUUUACUGUUUCAAAAGUUGUUAAACCUAAUUUUCUGAAAAAAAUUUUCCUAUACAAAUUUUCCCGGAAAUCUACUGUUUCAAAAUUUUUGUAUAGAAUUUUACAAUUUUUUUUAUUUGCUUUACCAGAAUUUUACCUCAACCAAAAAUUUUUUGGAAUUUUUCACUGUUUCAAAAUUGUUUUAUUGAAAGUUAUAGAAUUUUUGAAUGAUCUUUGCAUUUUUUAAAUUAUAAAAUAUCAAAAUUAAAUUUCUAGACAAUUCACUGUUUCAAAAAAUUAUUAUUAAAAUUUUGAGCAGAAUUUUUUUGGUUAACAUUAAAAAAAAUGAAGAAAAAUUCACUGUUUCAAAAAUUUUUGAAAUUUUCAAGAAAAGUGCUCAAUUUUCUCCUCACAGAAUUGCACUGUUUCAAAAAAUUAUCAUAAAAUUUAUGAACAGAAAAAAAAAGAAAAAAAAUGCAAAAAUAUAAAAUUCACUGUUCCAAAAUGUUGAGGUAUCAUUUUUCGAGCAAAAAAUUUUCCCAAAAAUCUACUGUUUCAAAAUAUUUUCAUAUAUUUUCCAUGGAAAUCGAGAUUUGAUGCGUAUGUCAGGCCUGUGCCGGAAAAUCAAAACCCGGAAAACGGAAAGUCGGAAAAUUUCCGGAUUUUUUGAACCGGAAAUCCGGAAAAUUCGGAAAAUUUUUCAAAGUCUGAAAUUUCGAUUUCCAGCCUUAAGUUGGCACUAAAACUUAUUUUUAUCUACAAUUAUUCUAUUCAUAGGUAAUUUAGUAACUAUUUGAGACGUCUUACGUUCAAAAAAUAGUACAAUUUGAAAAAUUGAAAAAAAAUUUCCGAAAAUUUUAAUUUUUCUAUCAUAAACUGAGAAAAUGUUCCAAAAUUUAGGCAAUUUUGAAAAUAUUACUACUAGAGAUCAUUUCCGGAUUUUCCGAGCACAUUUUCCGGAAAACCGGAAAAUAGAUUUUUCCGUGAAAAAACCGGAAAAUCCGGAAAUUCGGAAAAUUCGGAAAAUUCGGAAAAUUUCCGGCACAGGCCUGGUGUAUGUCAUAGGCUGAUUUUGAAUUUCUCAAUAAAAAUUGUAAUUCUAGUGAAAAAAUCCACUGUUUCAAAAAAUUAUUAUUAAAAUUCUCAGCAGAAUUUUUUGGUUAACAUAAACUUCGUAAGAAAAAUUCACUGUUUCAGAAAAAAAUUUUCAAAAAAAUGCUCAAUUUUUCCCUCACAAAAAUUCACUGUUUCAAAAAUGUACUAUAAAAAAUUAUGAAAAAGUUAACUGUUUCAAAAUAUUCUCAGGAAAAAAUUAGCGACGGUGCCGCGACCUUUUUUGUUUUUGCAACGGUACCGACACCUAUUUGCCAGGGUACCGCACUUUUCUUGUGUUCGGACUGGUACGGAACAAGUUCGGCACCCGAACAAACUCAAAAUUUCCGAUUUUUAGAGCUUUUGUACUGGUACCGGACUGAUGUUGCUCUGGUACCGUACGGUUUUUUGCCCUGGUGCAGCGACGUCGCGGGUACUGUGACAAAAUUGGUUCGGUACUGUCGCUAAUUUUUUUCUGAGUUAUUAUUAAAAUUUUAAGCAGAAUAUUUUUGUUAGAAUAAAAAAAAAUGUAGAAAAAUUCACUGUUUCAAAAAUUUUUGAAAUUUUCAAAAAAAAAAUGCUCAAUUUUUCCCCACAGAAAUUCACUGUUUCAAAAAUUGGUCAUAAAAAUCAGUGAAAAAAAUCCGCAAGCCAAAAACCUAUUCCAGAUUCUCGGGUCGAAUGAACGUGCACGCUACAAUGAAAGACUACAGUUGUCAAAUGCGCUCGACCGAAAAAAUCAACAUGGGCGUGCCAUUCUACGGUAGAUAUUGGAGAAAUGUCGGUGAACCUGUCGAUUCAUCAGAUGACAUGUGGCGAACUGCAAAACCCACAAAUUCCGAAGGUACAAAGUUCGACGGGGGAGAUAUUCAAUGGCGCCAGCUAAAUGACACGUGGAAAUCGCGGGCCAAAUUUCAUCAGGGCGCAAAAGCUCCCUAUAUUUGGCUCAGCGAACAAAAAACGUUUGUCGGGUUUGAGAAUCGCGAAAGUCUUCAGAGCAAAGUUAGAUAUAUCAAUGAGCAUAAUCUGGGAGGAGUUAUGAUUUGGGCGAUCGAUUUUGAUGAUGAUCAGGGAAGUUUGAUGGAUAGUUUGGAUGUUUGUGGUGGUGAUAAGGGAAAAGGUGGGUUUCCGCAAGGCUUCCGCGUCGCGCCGCGACGCUUCUGUUUGAAAAUCCCAUUUUUGGGCCUGAAUCUAAUCUUCGUGGAUUUUUUUCGGCGCGAAAAAUUUAAUUUUGAAAUUUAGAACUUGUCACGUGGAUUUUUGGCGGGGAAAUUUGAGAAUUCAAAAAUUUGUAUUUUUCCCGCCACAUUUGAAUUUCAAAAUUUUCCACGUGGAUUUUCGGCGCGAAAUUUUUGAGUUUCAAAAAUUUGAAUUUUUCCCGCCAAAUUUGAAUUUGAAAAUUUUCCACGUAGAUUUCGUCGGGAAAAUUUGAAAAUUCAAAUUUUUCAAAAAAUCAAAAAUUCAAGUUUUCGAUUUUUCUUCUAAAUUUGCCACGUUGAGUUUUGGCGGGGAAAUUUGAAAAUUCAAAUUUUUAAAUUUUUCCCGCCAAUUUUCAAAAUUUUCCACGUGGAUUUUCGGCGGGAAAAUUUGAAAGUUCAAAACUUUUGAUUUUUUCCCGCCAAAUUUCAAAUUUAAAAAUUUUCCACGUGGAUUUUGAGCGCGAAAUUUUUGAAUUUCAAAAUUUUGAAUGGUUCCCGCCAAAUUUGAAUUUCGAAAUUUGCCACGUGGAUUUUCGGCAGGAAAAUUUGAAAAUUCAAAUUUUCCACGUGGAUUUUCGGCGCGAAAAUUUGAAAAUUCAAAUUUUCAAAAAAAAAAAAAUUCAAAAAUUCAAGUUUUCGAUUUUUCUUUUAAAUUUUUUGAAUUUCAAAAUUUGCCACGUGGAUUUUGAGCGCGAAAUUUUUGAAUAUUCAAAAUUUUUCACGUGGAUUUUUGGCGGGGAAAUUUGAAAAUUCAAAUUUUCAAAAAUUCAAAUUUUCGAUUUUUCUUCUAAAUUUUUUGAAUUUCAAAAAUUUUCCACGUGGAUUUUUCCGCAAGGCUUCCGCAUGUCUUCCGCGUCGCCAAUCUCUCAUCUUUUGUUUUCCAGAACAAUCUUCCGCCUCCUCAAAAUUCCCCUACAAAUGUUCGCCAAUCGACGAAAAACGCUGGUGGACCUACGACGACAAUCCGGAACUCGCGGGAAUGUGCGGAAAAUCCGCGCCGCUCAUCGACGGAUUCUAUCCGGUCUGCGAUCCGGAUGAUCCGGGACACGCGUGUUGCGGAAAAUUCGGAUAUUGCGGAAGCGGCGCGGAAUUUUGCGCGUGUCCUGAAUGCAUUGAUUAUGGAGCGGAUCCAUCGUUGAUUUUGAAGGAACCGGUGAAACCGACACAAAAAGUCACUUGGUAUACACAGGAAGCGGAAGAUGGGAGACGCGGAAGAUGCGGAAGAGAAGUACCGCCGCUGGAAGACGGAACUGCGCCAACUUGUAAUCCCGAUGAUCAGAAUGCACAUUGUUGUAGUAAUGGAGGAUAUUGUGGAAAUAGUAAGGUGAGUGGGGGUUUUCCGCAAGCUUCCGCAAGCUUCCGCGUAAGCGGAAAAAGUUUUUUCUAAUUAAUCACAGGUUAAAUUAAUUUUUUAAUUUUCCCAAAUUUUCACUGUUUCAAAAAAUUCUCAAAAAAAUUGGAGAUUUUAUGUUUGGAUGAUAAUUUUGCAGCGUGGUUUUCCGCAAGCUUCCGCGUAA